AUGAUCUCGAUCCUCUCUCAAUGGAAGAUCGUCUUGCUUCCCAGCACAGUUCUAUACCUCUACCUGGUCCACCACCUCCGCUUCCGCCGCUCUUCCUCCCUCCCUCAUAAGUACCCCUACCCGGAUCGUACAUCAUACAACAAGAUGACCUUUCGCCACGCCUGGGAAAUCCACAAUUCACUCAUCGAGUACGAAUUCCCCACCACCUUUUCAGCAGCUACCAUGUUCGCCCUCUUCAAAGCAUAUGGCAUACCCACGAUUUCCUCCAUUCUCCGCGCCACUGGCCAAUUCUCCUCCAAAGAUACCGUUGACAAAAGAUACACCGAUACGGGAUGUCUAUUGUUGGAAGCCGUGCUGAACCCUCCAGCGAGUGAGAGGGCUUUAGAGGCGAUUGCGAGGAUCAAUUAUUUGCAUAGUCCGCAUAUGGCAUCAGGGAAGAUCUCGAAUGAUGACUUGCUUUAUACUUUGAGUUUGUUUGCUUUGGAGCCUGCGAGAUGGGUGAAAAAGUAUGAAUGGAGGGAGUUGACGAAUUUGGAGAUGUGUGCUGUUGGUACGCUGUGGAAGUUGCUGGGUGAGGCUCUUGGGAUCAAGUAUGAUGUUCUGGGAGAUGGAGCAGAGCUGAAUGAUGGGUUAAUGUGGUUGGAGGCUUUGGACGACUGGAGUAGCGAGUAUCAGGAAAGAUACAUGGUUCCGGCAGAAUCAAACAAGCAGGUCGCUGAUGCAACUUUGUAUCAUAUCACGUGGAAGUUGUCCAAGAAGAUGAAGUCGGUGGGAAAUAGAGUCGUCGCGGCUUUGUUGGAGGAUAAAUUGAGGGAAGCUAUGAUGAUCCCAAAACCACCACAGUCUUACUACACUUUGAUCAAUCGCUUCAUCUCCGCCCGCAAAUUCAUCCUCCUCCACCUCUCUCUUCCCAGAAUGAGACCUAAGAAACGUCUCCCAAUCGCCUCUUCAUCCGGUCGUAUCCACUCCCGAAAAUACAACAUCCAGCCUUGGUACGUGAAACCCACCUUCUCGAACCGGUACGGAUUGAAGGCCUGGAGGACUUGGUGGAAAGGAGGUGUGUUACCCGGCGAUGAUGGAGGGAAAUAUUUUCCUGAAGGAUUUAGAGCAAGUGAGCUGGGACCAAACGGAUUGAGAGGACGUGGCGAGAAAGAAAUGGGUGCUGAGAGGAGUCGGUUGGAGGAAUUGUGGAGUAGCGAGAGAGGUGUUUGCCCGUUCCUGGUGCAGGAGUGA